AUGCACCUCCAAACCAGCGAAGGCGGCGCCUCCGCACCACAAGACUUCAAACCGCAGUCCACUGCCUUGCCAUUCGGCCAAAACGUGUCCCUCUCCUCCCUCUCCGGGCCAACAUACCUCACCGCCCAAACCCUCGUCCAACAAGUCGCCUACGCCCUCUCCGACAAAAUCUUCGCCUACUCUCCGGAGACCUUCGACCUCGACAUCGCCGCUCGCAGCUGGUACAAGGAGCAGUCCAAGAACGCCCACGGCGAAGUCACUGGCGUACAAUGCCUCCAAACUCGCAAUGGAGCGGGCACCCUGGCGUUGGGCUACAUGUUCAGCCCGGACUUUGACCUCUCCAAGAGACACGUUCCACAAUCUAUUGUCGCUUCCGCGGGCAGUCUGCUUCAUCUCCGUCCCGCGUUGGAUCAGUUGAGCCUUUUGUACGAUGUGGCCAACCCAACGGCGCUGCAGGUCGCGGCGGUGGACUACGCGGCGGACACUAAGAGCGGACUUGUCACGGACUAUGUCGCCGCGUUGAGCGUCGCGGAAGAGCUGGGACUGGGACUGGUGAGCAGUCGGAGCGCGUACGAGGUGCAGCACAUGGCCUUGUUGUCGACCCUGCUCUCCUCAAUUGUUCCUACAAUUCACACGUAUGAUGGCAUCACUGUGGGACGCGAGACGACGCGGGUGGUGGACGUGUUGAGCGUGGAGGGGUUGAAGAAGACGUAUGAUGGCGUGUUGGGCGCCGUCAAGGAGGAUCUGGCGAGUAAGAGGUUGACGAACGAGGGCAAGUUGGAGAAGAUGCUCGCUGCGUUCAAUGCCGAGUUGGGAACCGAGUACAAGGCGUUCGAGUAUCAUGGUCACGCUGCACCGGAGAAUGUCCUGGUUGUGUUUGGAACUGUGGAGGCGAGUGUUUCUGCUCAAGUCGCCGAGGCGCUGGCUCAGCAGGGCGUCAAGGUCGGUGUGGUCAAUGUCCGCAUCUACAGGCCCUUCUCGGAGGAGGACUUCCUCGCUGCGCUGCCGACUACCGCUCAGCAGGUGACUGUUCUCGGACAGGUCCAUGACCAUGCGAGUGUGGUCGACUCGAGCGUCACGAGCAGCCUCUACGCUGAUGUGGUCGCUGCUGUCAACUUUGCCAGCAUGACUUCCGGCAAGUCUCCCAGCGUGUUCGACGUCAAGUACGCCCGCGACACCGUGUGGACUGUUGCCAAGGUGCAGAAGUUGCUCCAGCGAUUGGGCAGCAAGCCUGGCCAGGAAGCUGCGGACUUCGUGCCCAUCUCCCUCACCAGCAACGACACCAAGCAGUAUACUUUCUGGGAUGUCACCAAUGACAGCCAGAGCGUGGGUGCGCCUGUCAUGGUCGGCCAGCUGCUUUCUGACAACAGCGGGCUCAACGUUGUAAUUCGCAGUGGUCAUGACAACUUGGCUCAGGGCGGUGCUUUGAGGACUGAUUUGAGGGUUGGAUCCAAGAGCAUCGAGUCGGCGUACAGUGUCACCGACGCUGAUGUCGUGGUUGUUGGAUCUGAGAAGCUGCUCAAGGACUUUGCUGUCGUGAACAGCAUCAAAGACGAGGGCAUCUUGAUCCUCAAGUCUGCUGGAUGGAAGGACGAGGAUGUUGAGAAGAAGCUCAGCACUCCUGUUCGAAAGGCGAUUGCCGUCAAGAAGCUCUCGCUCUACGUGUUGGAUCCCUCGGCCAGUCCGGCCGUCGAGGCGGACAACACCCUCGAGUCCUACUUGUUGCAAUUGGCCUUCCUCAAGACCGCCACGCCGGAUGUCUAUCAGGCUGGCUUGAAGAAGCUCAACAACGGCGGUGAUGCCCUCAACACCCUCGCCACUGAGCUGGAAUCUGCUUUCAAACAGGUCGAAGUUCCUGAAGCCUGGCUCACCGUUGAACUUGAGGCGAAUGAGGCAAUCCUACCUGCCGAGGACCUCGCCAUCAACAGCUUUGCCGCCUACGAGAAAGUCGACGAGGAGCCUCCAUCCUACCUCCGCACUUGGGAGGUCGCCGCCAAGGGUUUGGCUUUCAAGGAAGCAUAUGGCACGGCUACCGCUCUCCGCCCAGACCUCAGCGCGAAGACCGCCAUCGUGCACGUCAAGGAGCACCGUCGUCUCACACCAGCAUCCUAUGACCGCAACAUCUUCCACAUCGAGUUUGACCUCGGCGACAGCGGUGUCAAGUACGACAUUGGCGAGGCUCUCGGCAUUCAUGCUGAGAACGACAAGGCGCACGUGGAAGAGUUCAUCAAGUGGUAUGGCCUUAACCCGGAUGAGAUCGUCGAGGUUCCCUCCCGCGAGGAUGCCUCCAUCCUCGAGAACCGCACCGUCUACCAGUCCCUCGUCCAAAACGUCGACAUCUUCGGCCGUCCUCCCAAACGGUUCUACGAGGCCCUCAGUGAGUUCGCCUCUGACGAGAAAGAAAAGACCGAGCUCCUUCUCCUCGGCACAGGCGGCAACCAAGAAGCGCAGCAAGAAUUCAAACGCCGCGCCGAAGUCGACACCGUCACUUUCGCCGACGUCCUCCUCGAGUUCCCCUCCGCGCACCCUUCCUUCCACGACAUCGUCCGCAUCGUCUCCCCUAUGAAACGCCGCGAGUACUCGAUUGCGUCCUCGCAAAAGGUGACCCCCAACUCCGUCUCCCUCCUCAUCGUCACCGUCAACUGGGUCGAUCCCAAGGGCCGCGACCGCUUCGGCCAAGCCACUCGCUAUCUCAACUCCCUAGCCGUCGGCUCCCCCGUCACCGUCUCCAUCAAACCCUCCGUCAUGAAACUGCCUCCGAAAUCCACCCAGCCCAUCAUCAUGGCCGGUCUCGGAACUGGUCUCGCCCCAUUCCGCGCUUUCGUCCAGGAACGCGCCUGGCAGAAAGCACAAGGCAUGGAAAUCGGUGACGUCUUCCUCUACAUGGGCGCCCGCCAUCAACGGGAAGAAUACCUCUACGGCGAAGAAUGGGAGGCGUACCAAGACGCGGGUAUAAUCACUCUGCUCGGCCGUGCGUUCUCGCGUGAUCAGCCGCAGAAGAUUUACAUCCAGGAUCGCAUGCGCCAGACGAUUGAUGAUAUCAGGAGGGCGUACUUGAGGCAGGAUGGAGCUUUCUAUCUUUGUGGUCCCACGUGGCCCGUUCCGGAUGUGCAGGCUGUCCUUGAGGAGGCGGUCGAGGUGGAGGGCAAGAGUUUGGGCAAGAAAAUGAGUGGACCCAAGGAGAUUGAGAGAUUGAAGGAUGAGAUGAGGUAUGUGCUUGAGGUGUACUAG